AAGAAGCUAAUCAAAGAAUGGCUAGAGAGCUUAAUGUAACCAGUGUACCAGAGAACCAACUCAACACACAAGCUCUGCCAAACCCUUGGGCAACUGGUACUCCUGCUUCCAACAAUACUUCUGCCGCUUCUAGUAAUCCUUCUUCUGCGUCACCUGGAGCAAACCCAUUCGCAAGUCUUUUUGGAUUAUCAGCUCCCAUGUUUCCUUUUGGUGGAAACCAGCAAUCUCCCGAGAACACACCCAACCAAGCAAACCCUGCCAAUAAUGCCAACGGACAGAUGCCCUUGUGGGCCGACCCUAAUAUUUUACAAGCUGGAAUGCGAAUGCACCAGGCAAUGUUGAAUGCUCAAGGACAGGGCCAGGGCCAAGGUCAAGGCCAACAGCAACCCAUGGGUUUUGGUGGUCAAGGCUUGUGGAAUAUGGGUGGAUUUCCUUCUUUCCAACCACCACAACCAGCUGCUGAAAAUGCAGAACCCCCGGAAGUACGCUUUAGAUCACAAAUUGUUCAGCUUGAAGACAUGGGAUUUGGAGACAAACAAGCUAAUAUACGGGCCUUGUUGGCCACUGGAGGAAAUGUCAACUCUGCCGUAGAGUAUCUAUUGGCUAACAACUAAUUCGAGAAACCUGAUCCAUGUUCUGUCUAUCUAUUCUUUUUUUUUUCUUUUUUAUCACUGCAAUACUACUUUUAUCUGUGUGUUGACUAUAAUGAACAGCAUUAAAUUCUUGACAAAACAAUUCUCCGUCAAUACUUAAUUUACUGCUUGAUUUUAUGUGCGAUACAGUAAUCAUAUUUACUUGAUUAAUAUCGAGACACUCUGAAAAACAAAAUAGCAAAAAUAAUUUAGGUAUCUCAAUUUUAUAAUACAAAUUAUACAUAAAUUAGCAAAUGUCUCAAAUUAUUUUCAUUCUAUUCUAUUGUUCUUUUCAUCAAGUGUGUCACAUUGACUUUAGGAAAUAGUGUAUUAAAUAAAUGAAGAAGUGUUUAGCAAGACG